AUGCCGUACACCUUGCGUAAGGGAGACAUCAUCGUGCCCCUCGACAGCCUAUCACUGACCUCAGCCCGCUCUGUGGCUUCGACCGCGCGCUGUCCAGCCCAAGCACUGAUGCAUUGGGACCGUUCACAUGUGAAUCAGCAUUCCGCCUGUCCGCAUGUGUUUCCGGUGUUGCAAUGCCGUGAUGGAGUUGUACGCGUGUUCCACUCGUAUAGCAGGGUACUCUACGCGACGAGCUUGUCGCUACUCGGCAGGUACUUGACCCUCAAUGACGACGUUCUGUCCGUCGUGAUGUGUGGAGGGCAUAGGAUCGGCAUUGACGAGCAGAUUCCCAUCCAGGAUGAGUCGGUCCAGGACACCAACGUCGACGCUCAGGCUGAGGACGAGGUCGUCUCGAGCGGAUCCGAGCAGAAGCAGCUCAACUCCGAGGCUUCGGAGCUCGACACCUCCAACAUCAUCGAUGACUCUCCCGGUGUCUCGACUCGUGGUGCCAAGGUUGACGCUCUCAAGCAGGAACGCGAAAUUGACCAGGCUGUUGGCGCCGCCGAGAAGGCCGACGAGUCUACCUAA